UUACAGGGACUUGUAUUUUGGUGGAAGGUUAAACAGAGAGGAAGGCUGGCUGCUUGUUUACUGCUUCACGCUCAUUUGAGCUCGUUUACAACAAAGAGCAGAGAAGGAAGGCGAUUUUUGGAGUGAAAGUAACUCAGAUCGGACUGAUGACUGAAACAGUAUCAGAGUUUUUCCAGUUGAGCAGAACGAGCCAACUCGCACCUAUUGUUCCUGAUAAUCGGGAGACACGCGAUGCCGGAUCCACGGCCUAAGUAGUGCUGAGUGGAGCUGAGAGCUGGGAGCUGAACGAUGGGGAAUAUAGCGACCAAGUUUCGAAAAGCGCUUAUUAAUGGAGAUGAGGUGCUCGCUUACCAGCUCUACGAGGGCAACCCACAGUUUAAAGAGUCACUGGACCCCAACACCUCAUACGGGGAACCUUAUCAACACAACACCCCUCUCCACUACGCUGCUAGGCAUGCAAUGACACGGAUACUCAGGUCCUUCCUCUUCAGCAAGGAUGGCAACCCCAACAAGCGCAACGUGCACAACGAGACCGCGCUGCACGUGCUGUGCAUGGGUCCACACAUCUUGCUGGCCGAGGGGACGCUGCAGCCGCGCCUGGCACGGCCCUAUGAGGAUGAGCGGCGUCGUGCCGAUUGCCUCCAGAUGAUCCUCAAGUGGACCGGUGCCAAGCUGGACCGCGGCGAGUACGAGAAUGCCGACGUCAACGCCAGUGACAACAAGAAAAACACGCCACUGCACUAUGCUGCUGCCUCAGGGACGAAGACGUGCGUGGAGUUGCUUGUAAAGCGUAAUGCAGAUCUGUUUGCUGAGAAUGAAAAUAAGGAGACACCAUGUGACUGUGCAGAGAAACAGCAUCAUAAGGAGUUGGCACUAAGUCUGGAGUCUCAGAUGGUCUUCUCGACAGACCCCAAUGCUGAGGACAUCGAGGCAGAGUACGCUGCCCUGGACCGCAAGGAGUUGUACGAGGGUUUGCGGGUCCAGGACCUGAGGAGGCUGAAGGACAUGUUGAUAGUGGAGACAGCAGACAUGCUGCAGGCUCCUCUCUUCACUGCAGAGGCUCUCCUCAGGGCACAUGACUGGGACAGAGAGAAGCUUCUAGAGGCAUGGAUGUCCAACGCUGAGGACUGCUGCCAGCGGUCUGGAGUUCAGAUGCCCACUCCUCCACCAAAAGGCUACAAUGCCUGGGAUACACUACCCUCACCUCGAACGCCACGCACCACUCGCUCCUCCAUCACGUCACCUGACGAAAUCAGCCUCUCACCUGCCGAUGAUAAUCACUCCCUGUGUGGAAUAUGUAUGUGUGUUGCCUCCAUGUUCGAAGAGCCUGUUGAUAUCCCGUGUGGGCACGAGUUCUGCAGAACAUGCUGGGAAAGCUUUUUGAAUAUGAAGAUCCAGGAGGGAGAGGCUCAUAACAUCUUCUGCCCAGCUUAUGACUGCUUCCAGUUGGUUCCUGUGGAGGUUAUAGAGAGUGUCGUGUCCAGGGAGAUGGACAAGCGCUACCUGCAGUUUGAUAUUAAGGCCUUUGUGGAGAACAACCCUGCCAUCCGGUGGUGUCCGCGGGCAGGCUGUGAGAGAGCGGUGCGCUUAGCGAGGCAGGGGCCCGGUGCCAGCGCCUCCGACCCACUCAGCUUUCCUCUGCUCCAGGCCCCGGCUGUGGACUGCGGCAAAGGCCAUCUUUUCUGCUGGGAGUGCCAGGGGGAGGCUCAUGAACCAUGUGACUGCCAGACAUGGAAAAUGUGGCUGCAGAAAGUCACUGACAUGAAGCCAGAAGAAUUGGCAGGUGUGAGUGAGGCGUAUGAGGAUGCUGCCAACUGUCUGUGGCUACUCACCAACUCCAAACCCUGCGCCAACUGCAAGUCUCCCAUUCAGAAGAAUGAAGGUUGCAACCACAUGCAGUGUGCCAAGUGUAAGUAUGAUUUUUGCUGGAUCUGUCUGGAGGAGUGGAAGAAGCACAGCUCUUCUACAGGAGGAUAUUACCGCUGCACUCGCUACGAGGUCAUCCAGCAGGUGGAAGAGCAGUCAAAAGAAAUGACCGUGGAGGCUGAGAAGAAGCACAAGAGCUUCCAGGAACUCGAUCGCUUUAUGCACUACUACACACGCUUCAAAAAUCAUGAGCACAGCUACCAGCUGGAAGAACGUCUCCUUAAAACGGCCAAAGACAAGAUGGAGCAGCUGAGCAAAGUCCUGAGUGGAAGGGAAGGAGGUGCUCCAGACACUACUUUUAUUGAAGAUGCAGUCCAUGAACUACUUAAGACUCGCCGUAUCCUCAAGUGCUCUUACCCUUACGGUUUCUUUCUGGAGCCCAAAAGCACCAAGAAAGAAAUCUUUGAACUUAUGCAGACUGAUCUCGAGAUGGUGACGGAGGAUCUCGCCCAGAAAGUUAAUAGGCCCUACCUCCGUACCCCUCGCCAUAAGAUCAUCCGUGCUGCCUGUCUGGUGCAGCAGAAAAGGCAGGAGUUCCUGGCUUCUGUGGCUCGAGGCGUGGCACCCAAUGACUCACCAGAAGCCCCACGACGCAGUUUUGCUGGGGGCACAUGGGACUGGGAGUACCUGGGCUUUGCAUCUCCAGAGAUCCAGGGGAGUCAGGCAAUUCUCGGGGGAAUUGAUCCGAGAGUCCACAUUCAAAAUGCAGGAGGCCAGCGGCAGGAGUAUGCAGAGUUCCAGUACAGACGCAGACACAGACAGCGCAGGCGUGGAGACAUGACUAGUCUGCGCAGCAACACCCCGGACUCUGACGAGCCCAACCCCAACAAUUUAGAUUCCGAUCAAGUUGGUUGUAGUCAGAGGCAAGGAUUACCAAUGCCCCACAGCUCCUUGGAUGAAGAUGAUCCUAACAUCCUGCUGGCCAUCCAGCUCUCUCUGCAGGAGACUGGAAUGGCUAUGGGGGAUGGAGGUGCUGUAGAUACCCAGGAGCUUCUGGCUCACGAGGCAUCUCUGGGGGCCAUCGGCACUUCUCUGCCCUCCAGACUGGACCCGUUGCUCCAUGGCGUGGAUGUUCCUCGUGCUGCACUGAGCAGUUCUGAGCUUCUGGAGCUCGGAGACAGUCUAAAGAAGCUUGGAAACAUAAGCGGUCAGAAUGUUCCUCAACGCUUUAACAUUGUGGGUAAUCCCAGCCGCGAGCCCACCGGAGGCCCUUUUCCGUCUCCGACAGGACAUGCGGACUCUGCCGAGUUUGACUCUGCUGACAAUGCUAAUCUUUUGGGCAACAUCAUGGCCUGGUUCCAUGACAUGAACCCUCAGAACAUCAGUCUGGUUCCUUCAGCCACUUCUUUAGAUCCAGAGUUUGGCACUCAGCUCGAGUCCGAUCAGACAUCAGAAAAGCCCUUCCAGCAGUGGACAGCAGAGGGCAAGCAAGAGGAAUGUGAGUACAGCAGUAUGCAGGAAAGGGAACCCAUCAGACCCACUCAGCUGGACCUGGUGAGUGUAGAUGUGCCAGCUGCAACCGCUCUUGUGCCCCAGAUGAGUGAAACCCUUGGCGCCUCUCAGCCAAGCCACCACGGCGACGCCCUAAAAGGCGAUUCGGAACCUGAACAGCCAAGCAGCAGCUCUUCUGAGUGGGAGGGUCAAGUGCACCUUGUAUGAAAUCAAGCCUCCUCUUCCUCCACCUAUGUAACCACUUUUGAUGUGAAUAACCUGACGAAGGCAUCAAUCGUGAGAAGGGAUUCAUUCGUAUACUGACAUAAUUAGAAAUCGGCUGAAACCCUAUUUUCAGAACACUGAAAUUGUCUUGAAACUUGUCUGGUGUCUCUUGCUGCAGGCCUGUGUUUUUGUGCUUUGAGGACAUGAUGUGUAAUUUUCUAAUUAGAAGCCGACUCUGUUUCACAGUCUUGAAGAAGUGAACGAGUAUGAAACGAAAGCAGUUGAACCAGAAACCUCCAACUGAACAAAAUAUGUCUGCCUGUAGUCUGUGGCAGGGAAUAAUUAGGGUAGUGAUCUUCAUUAUAGAACUGCCAGAUCUCCUUUACAGGAAAAGGUCUACAGUGUGGAACAGGACUGUUCAGUUUGACAGACUGGUUCGUGUGAAUGUCCAGUGCAACUUGAGCAGGUUUUUUUCAGCUUCUUCUAUUUUUUUUUUUUUUUUUUUUUUUUUUUUUUUUUUUUUUUUUUUUUUGUGAAAGACCUGCCAUAUUAGUGAUAGAUGUUACUGUAGGUGCCAUAAACACUGGUCAGCACAUGCAGAGAUCAUGCACACAGUGGACAGUGUGUUGACUGUGCCUGCUGCUGAGGGCUAAAUAGCCUUCUUGUAAACACAACCCUUCCUUUAAGACCAGUGUAUAGUUUUGCUGAUAUUAACUCUAGCGGCUUCCUUUGGAGAGCUGGGCUAUUCUGAGGGUGUUGAUCAUGGCGAAGCAAAGUGCGGUUGUUCCAGUCGCAAACUCUUCAUUUCUUUGGUCAAACCUGAUCACUGUAAUAUGCUACUGGUAUUUAAAAAUGAAAAGUAAUGUCGAAUUCGUCCUGUGCAGGAACACUGCAAUGGUUACACUACGCAACUUAUUACAGUGCCUUGUCCCUGAAACUUCCAUCUUAUUUAUUGCCACAUCCCUCGAGUGCUCAAUGAAUGAUGCGUGCUACCUUAAACUACGCUGCGCUGUAGUUUUCACUGGCAAUGGAAGUAACCGUCUCCAGAUUUAGCAUUUGUAUUAACAUUUUUCUAUAUUCUCGACCACCCUUUAUUUAGUCUCUGGGCUCCAUCUCCAGAGCUUUUUAUAAAACGGUUAUUAACACAGGCUUGUGUGGGAUCACUGCUGAUUACCCCCCCCCCCCCAAAUCUUUUCUCCAAACCAGUUUUAGUGGUGAUAAAAUAUGACUUGAGUGUUCGAGAUGAUGUGUGUACAGUACGUGAUGCCAUUGUGCUUCAUCUAUAAUGUAAAGCGCCAGACCUAAUAUAUUGUGAAAUUGAUUUUCUAUUUAUUUGAAUUGAAUUUGAAUGUGUUUUCAUAUAAAAAAAAAAAAACAACUGAAAUAAUGGAUAAUGUCUAAAAAAUGAAUGAAAGCCAAUUUUUUUGUCCAUGUGUCAAAAAAACCCCCAGUCCUUUUACUGUGCCACUUUAAAAAAAAAAAAAAAAAAAAAAAAAAAAAAGCGCUAUAAACUAAUUAAUUGUUACUACUGAGGUGAUAUUCUUUUGUUAAUAGCCUUUUAAUGAAACAAACAGCAAGCUUUUUGGUAUGGACAUAUAUUUCUAUACACCUCACCCGGCCAAAAGCUCAGUCUAAACUGCCAUUUUAUUAAUCCUGAACGGCAUCGGUAACAUUCUGGAUGCGGUAAAUUCACAAUCCCAAAUUGUAAAGGUAUAUAUUAAUGCAGGUUUGCGUCGCUCAAGAAAAUUUGCUGUAUUGCUAGAUCAUCAAUCAAAAUCCAACUCCAUAGAUAGUAGUGAUAGAAUAACAAACACUGUACUUUUACAUGUGACAUUGUCUCAUGUAGUUUGUAUCCUCAUGUAGUACAAAAUGCUUUGAAGGGAUUUUCUUUUUCUUUUAAUACCUACAUAGAAUUGACUAAGUAACCUGCAGUAUUUCUUCAGUAAGCAGUAAUGUAUGUUGCCAAAGUGAUGGAUCUAACAUAGUGAAGCAUUCAGUAGGUUCUUUUCAUCUGUUUAGAUGUGAAGUGACACGUCAUUUAUGUGACAGUAUGCUGUGCAUUAAAUCAAAAUACACAAGUUCUAUUUUCUUGGAGGAAAAAAAAUGCAAUUUGGGUUUCAAUGCAGGCAAUUGGAGGGAAAAAAGGCAAGCACAUUUUGUAACCCAUUUUAAAAAUUUAUAUUGUUAAGUGACUAAUCCUUAAAAUGUUAUUUGCACUUUCAUAGUCUAUACUUGAUACAUUCCCAGUUUAUAUGGAAAAAUAUAUAUAAAUGGUUGAUGUUUGGCCAAUAAAUUUGACUGAACUGAGUAUGAAACUCAAUAAAGUUAUUAAGCCCCCCACAUAAA